AUGAAGGCCCGCAAAUCACUGAUAUCGCUUGCUAUGGACGCUGUGAGCUUGGAAUCGAAUACCGUAAAAUCUCCGCGCCAUUCCUCCCUUUCUCCGUCGGCGCCCAUUCCCCACCUUCACCGGAGCCAGCGGCUCUUCAUUAGCCUGAAAAUCUAUCGUCAGUCGUCGCUCGGCUUGAUCAUCCGCAGAAGUUUCAUGGCCGAUUUCAAGUCCAACUCCAGGGAUGAAGUUUUAGUUCAAUCUGGUUCGGUUGAGAAUGGUGAAAUCAACGAGACUGUCGGUCCAAACUAUGCAGAGAUUAUUGUAAUUCGUCAUGGUGAAACGGAGUGGAAUGCUGAUCGUCGAAUUCAGGGACACUUGGAUGUGGACUUAAAUGAUGCUGGGAGACAGCAAGCGGUUGCGGUGGCCGAGCGGAUUUCAAGGGAGCCUAAAAUCUCUGCAGUGUAUUCAUCUGACCUAAAACGUGCAUUCUACACAGCCGAGAUAAUUGCAAAAAGCUGUGGGGUACCUGAGGUUACGAAAGAUCCAGACUUAAGGGAAAGACACCUUGGAGCCCUUCAAGGUGCCAUCUUGAAUGAAAUUGCCAAAGUUAAUCCAGAGGCUCACAAAGCAUUUUUAUCCAACCAAGAUGAUCAAGAAAUUCCCGGUGGUGGGGAGAGUUUCAAUCAACUGUAUGAACGUUGCACGUUGGCUUUACAAAGGAUCGCCCAAAAACACAUAGGGGAGAGAGUUGUGGUGGUCUCGCAUGGCGGCACCAUAAGAGCACUUCACAAAAGGGCUUCUCCUCACAGGCGGCCCACCGGAAGAGUUCUCAACACUUCGGUCAAUGUGUUUCAUUUGACAGAUAAAAACAAAUGGAUUAUUAAAUCAUGGGGCGACGUGAGUCACCUUGACGGGACUAAGUUUCUGGAGUCGGGUUUUGGUGGGGAUAGGAAUUCCGGCUAGUUGGUUGUAAUUGCUUAUUGUCAUUGAUCAUAAUGAGGAAGGAACUUGAAAUUUUGUGUUCACUUUAAACUAGAAUCAUGUACUGUGCCUUGGAUAAAUCAAGACUUUCGAGGGUGUUGUGUCUCAAUAUGUGAAUUGAGAAACUAUUAUGUGAUUUUUUGGAACUUCAUAAGUUUCUGCUGCUCCAAAUGGAAAUUACAGUUUUCUCCUUUCGUGUGAC